AUGACGUUUGUGUGGAUGAAACCCAAGCUACUCACUCAUGAAUAAUCCACCUGUCCUUGUUCUCCUCAAGGGACAUUUUCCCGGACAAUCCAAAGGCAUGGUAGUCACCUCAAAAUUUCCAGAAAAUCCAUGUUACAGACUCAUUCUAUUUUUCUUAAGUCUGGGCCAAUGAAAUGUUUCCGGGAUGGAGCCGACAGCCCAGGAAAAGACCGAGAAGCGCUUCAGCUACGUCAUCAGAGCUCCCAGCAGCGAUGGCUGUGAUGUGAUGAACGUGGAUGUGAAGAUUGACACGUGCUGGGUGUUCCGAGAUGUGGAGGAGAGUGAAGACAACGAGCAGGGAUGCCUUCCAGAAGCAGCUAGCAGGCCAGACUUGGACACGGGGCUUCUCAGGGAGCAGCUGGAAUCCUCGGAGCGGAAGCUGUUGGCAGCUGUGGACAAACAUGUGAUGUCAGAGUCAGGGCUAAGGAGCAGGGUCCAGGAGCUGGAGCAGUCGGAGAGGAAGCUUCUCCUGAAGGUAGAGCAGCUGAGUGCCUGCGUGGCCCAGGAAAGACGUGCCUCACUCUACGCCCAGGAGCAGCUACGGGCGCUGCAGGGGGAACUGGUCAGCCAGGUGCGGGAGGCGGAGAGCACGGCCAGACGGCAGCGGCGGCUGCAGGAGCAGCUGCGGCACAAGGACGAGGCUCUGACAAGGCAGGCGGCAGCCCUGGAGCGCUGUGGGUGGGCGCAGCAGCUACAGCUGGGCCUGGUGCGGGAGCAGGAGCGCGUUCUGCGGGAGCAGGUGCAGCGGCUGGAGCGCGACGUGCGGCGCCUGGGCCGCGCUGCCGGCCUCCUGCUGGCGCAGCUGCAUGCCCCGGACUCGUUACCCAGUGCGGGCAGCCCCCGGCCGCAGAUCCUGGCGGGUCCCCUAGGCGCUCCUGAGGCCACAGAGCUGAGCGCACUGCGGGCCAGGGCGGAGCGCGCGGAGCGGGAGUGGGCGGAGGCGGCGCGCAGGCUGCGGGAGCACAGCGUCACCGAGCGGCAGCUGCGGGAACAGCUGGAAGAACUGCGCUGCUGCGUGUAUGGGCUGACGCUGUCGGAGAUAGGUCUGCAAAGCCAGGUGGAGGAGCUCGCCCAGCAAAACAGGCGCCUGCGGGCCCAGCUGGGGCACGGUAGCCUGGGUGCCUUGGGCUGUGCACAGAGUGACUCUCUGCCCUCGCCCAGAGCAGUGGUGCCGGAUCCUUGCAGCAGCCAAGGCUGCCACAGCGAUGCUCGUGGACUUCAAGCCCCAGCAGGUCAGCUCUCAGAAGAGCCCCACAGCUGUGUUGGAGAUAGACCAGUCCCCUGCGUGGUGGUGCCAGCAAGGACCAUAGACAAGCUCCAGGGAGACCUGCCAGGGUCUGAGCGUAGACAGGGUGCUCUUGUCCAGCCCCGUCUAGAUGGACAGACUCUUGGGCUACUGUGUAGCUGCCUCCCAGAGCCAGGGAUGGAUGAGCCACUCUGCUCCUUGGAGCUGGCAGGAGUUUCAGAGGGUCUUCAAGCUGCUGGAGCCCAGGAACCCCUUCUGUUGUUACCCACAUCCGUGCUUCCACUCUGGGGUCCUGCUGGGGAACCACAGCUCCUGCUAUCACCUCUGCUUCCGGAUCAUCUCCUACAAGAACUUCAGACCCAAGAAGAGCUGGACAGCAAGCCCUCACCUGCCCCUGGGGCUGUGGCACCCCCUGGCUGGCCUUGUAAUCUGGCAAGGAGCCAUGUCGCCUCCCUCAUCCAGGAGUCGCCACUCAUUUCAAAGGGCCCAUUUCCCACAAAAGGGUCCAAGGAGCCCAGAGACAUGUGGGAAGAGAGAAGUGGACCUUCAGUUGCAAGUGCAGAGAGGUGGGAGGCGAUGGGAACCUUGGGAAUGAUCAAAUCAGAGCUUGAGGACAAGGCCCUGCUGGACCAGGAAAGCAGUGGGAAGCUGAUCUUGAACACGGAGGUCCAAGCCCCAGAGGGCAUGCAGGAAGGGAGCAGGGCUUCAGAGACCCAGCCCGUGGCCCACUGUCCUCGGCUCCAGCCAGAAUGUCUCAUACCGACUCUGCAUGGAACAACCUCUAGGCCACAAGAGGGUCCUGAUUCCUUGAGAAAGAGAGGGAGUGUGGAAGGAUGUGGCUGGGAACUCUUGGGAAAGCUGUCACCAGAGAAGGAGGAAGAGGCCACCAGCUCCAGGGCCCAUGAGACCAGAGAGCCAGAGCCAAAUGGUAGCCAGCUUCCAUCAGGAAAGGGCAAAGAGGUCUGGAGGAGGGCACGGGGCAAGCAGGACCACCCGCCGUGCCUGGAAGACACUCAUGGGCAGAAGGGGAGGUCUGGGGAUGAAGGACAAGAGGAGAAGAUGCAGCUCCCAGUGGCUCCCAGCCUGGCUUCUUUGGGAGUCCCUGAGCAGCCUGACAUCAAGGCCCAUGCGGGUCAGGAACAGUGCCUACCGAUGGGUGAUCAAGAUUGGCUGCAGUUUCCCAAAUGGGCCCCAGCAGGUGCCAGCAGUGAAGGUCCUUGCUCCUCACAGGCUUUGGUCACAGGACAGGACAGGUGCACCCUGCAGAUAGACACGCUGGAGAGGGAGGUGGAGGCCUGCUUCCAGCCGCUGAACAACCUAACGCUUGUCUGUGGAGAUCCCCAGCAGAUGUCAGCAUUGACGAGAGAGAGCCAGAGUGUCACUCAUGCGUGGUUGGACACUGAGGGGUGUGUGUGCCUUCAGCAAGCCUCAGGUAGCCAGGAUCUGAAUGCAAAAUCCAGCAGGAAUGGUGAGGGAGGGAGGCGGGAAGAGGAUGUGGCCCUAUGUACUGGAGAAGUUCCCCCAGGAGCCGCACUUGAUGGGGAUAAAGUCACCUGGGGCCCUGCAGAGCUGGGUGGGAGCCCAUUCCCCACAACACGGUAUACCCUCAAGAGGGCGGUGAGCAGGUCCCAUCAGCUCCUUGCCAGCCCAAAGAAAGAGAGAAGUCAGGUUUUCCUUGAUCAUGCCAGGCUUCGGGGAGCCCAAGAAGGAUGUCACCAUGAAGGACGCCACUGUGAAGAAGAGCUGGCCAGAGAAGCAGCCAAGGCACUGAGGCUGGAGCAGGCGAACCACACACUGCAGGGAGAGCUGGGCCACCUCAGGCGUGAGCUGGACCAGUGUCUGCAGGCUGUGUCUGACCUGGAGGACUGUAACGGGAAGAGUUACUGCAAGAUUUCCCAGCUGGAAGAGGAAAAUGAGAAACUGAAGGGGGACCUGGGCCGGCUGCACAAAGCCAUGUCCCAGAGUGUCAGGAAAGCCGGAAGCAGGAUGAAGCAUGCCACCCAGGAAAACAGAGAGCUCAGGGCUCUGAUCUCAGAGCUCGGAGUCAGUUACAAAGGGCUGAUAAAGGACACAGUGCUAGGGAUAGAAGACAUGGUCUGGGCUCUGCAGGGGGAGAACAAGCACCUUGUAGGCAGAGUUCAAGGCCUGGAGCAGGAGGUCCUGCAGAUGAACAGGGAUUCAAGGGAAGAAAAGCUGUGUUCCCAGGGAAACUCCAAGAUGGCAGGAGACGAGGGACACACUGAAGACAAAGAGGUCCAAGUGACUCCAUUUUCAGGACAACUGAUCACAAGAGCCUGUGGGCCACCCUGGGAUGAGAAGUUAGGUGUGACUUGGGGUCAGGCAGGACCUUCCUUAGAUUUGGAAGAUACCAAAUGCAGGGCUGUUGCUAGUUCCACCUCAUCAGUCUGUGCAGUCACUUCAGGGCCUCAGGAAGCACACACCAACGGGGCAAGGAGAAUUGGAACUCGGCUGCAAAAAGAACAGGAGACACCAUGGUAUUCUAUGCAACCAGGACAGUCUCAGGGGUCCCUGAGCAGAAGCCUCCAGCUCCAGACCUCCAAGACCGAUGUCCCCGAGGAAGACCCCAAACUGUGUGUACAGCGGCUCCACCACCAGGUGCGGACCCUCCAGUGCCAGCUCAGGGACCAGGGCUGGGCGCUGCGGGAGUUGCAGGCUGCUCGGGAUGAGGCUGUGGGCCUCCAGGAGAAGCUCAAGGGCAAGCUUGGGGAGCUCCGGGAAGAGCAGCGUGAAGCGCGCCUGGCCAUGAGUCCUCUGAAGGCCAAGCUGGCUUCCCUGGUCCACAAGUGCCAGGAGAGGAACCGCCUGAUUGAGCAACUACUGCGGGAGCUGCCAAGACGAGAGCCCCAGAACCACCUGCUCUGCGAGCUGGCACAGAACAUGCUGGAUGACGUGGCACUGGCUGAGUAUACCGCCACCUUCCUGACCCCAGGAGCCCCAGAGGUAAUCGGCCACCUGGAUGUCGGCUCCAAGGGGAUGACAGCUGGAGGAGGAGCUCAGGAGUACCUGCUUAAUUCUGAAACAGACAGUAUCCUUCAAAGCCUGUGGGGUAUGGAGUCCUGGUCCCUUCCAGAGGCUGAGUGGGCAUCACAGACUGCUCCACUCAGUUCCCCAAAGAUCCUGCCGCCAUCUCCGGGAUGGCUUUUUUUUCCCUGGGAAGUGGAGGACAUGCUUGUCCCAGUGAGGAUCAGUGGGAAGUGCUGUUUGAGAAGCCCCAAGCCUCCAGCCUUGAGGAAGAGGAAGGUGGAGCUUCACCAGACAGCAUAUCUGAGUCCCUCAGGACACUCUGCCCACCUGGCCUGCAAAGAUAUGAUUGACACUUUCAGAAACCUUCAAGCAGGAGGUGUCAGCACGCUGCCAGGCAUAGGGGCCCCAGCAAGGAAAGAAGACAGCACCAUCAGGCACAUCACGCUGGAAAAGAUGAACGGCUGUCCCAGAUGA